GCGCCCCGUCCCGCCCCUCCCUAUCGUCCUCCCUCCCGUUCUCUCCGCUGCUCCGGGGCCCCACCCGGCUCAGACGGCUCCGGACGGGACUGCGAGCACAGGCCUCUCCAAGGGCGCCUCGGAUCCCCGCGGGACCCCCGCGCCCAGCCCGCCCAGCCCGCCCAGCCCGCAGCAGCCGCCAGCGCGCCCCGUCGGCAGUUCUUCACCGGCUCGUCUCUCCGUGAACCCCGUGGGCAGGCGCAGCCACCAUGUUCAGCUGGCUGAAGCGGGGCGGUGCCCGGGGCCAGCAGCCUGAGGCCAUCCGCACCGUGACCUCGGCCCUCAAGGAGCUGUACCGCUCCAAGCUGCUGCCGCUGGAGGAGCACUACCGCUUCGGGGCCUUCCACUCGCCCGCCCUGGAGGACGCAGACUUCGACGGCAAGCCCAUGGUGCUGGUGGCCGGCCAGUACAGCACGGGCAAAACCAGCUUCAUCCAGUACCUGCUGGAGCAGGAGGUGCCCGGCUCCCGCGUGGGGCCUGAGCCCACCACCGACUGCUUUGUGGCCGUCAUGCAUGGGGACACCGAGGGCACCGUGCCCGGCAACGCUCUUGUCGUGGACCCGGACAAGCCCUUCCGCAAACUCAACCCCUUCGGAAACACCUUCCUCAACAGGUUCAUGUGUGCCCAGCUCCCCAACCAGGUCCUGGAGAGCAUCAGCAUCAUCGACACCCCGGGCAUUCUGUCGGGUGCCAAACAGAGGGUGAGCCGAGGCUACGACUUCCCGGCCGUGCUGCGCUGGUUUGCGGAGCGCGUGGACCUCAUCAUCCUGCUCUUCGACGCGCACAAGCUGGAGAUCUCGGACGAGUUCUCCGAGGCCAUCGGCGCGCUGCGGGGCCACGAGGACAAGAUCCGCGUGGUGCUCAACAAGGCCGACAUGGUGGAGACGCAGCAGCUGAUGCGCGUCUACGGCGCGCUCAUGUGGGCGCUGGGCAAGGUGGUGGGCACGCCCGAGGUGCUGCGCGUCUACAUCGGCUCCUUCUGGUCCCAGCCCCUCCUCGUGCCCGACAACCGGCGCCUCUUCGAGCUGGAGGAGCAGGACCUCUUCCGCGACAUCCAGGGCCUGCCCCGGCACGCCGCCUUGCGCAAGCUCAACGACCUAGUGAAGAGGGCCCGGCUGGUGCGGGUUCACGCUUAUAUCAUCAGCUACCUGAAGAAGGAGAUGCCCUCUGUGUUUGGGAAGGAGAACAAGAAGAAGCAGCUGAUCCUCAAGCUGCCCGUCAUCUUCGCUAAGAUUCAGCUGGAGCAUCACAUCUCCCCUGGGGACUUCCCUGAUUGCCAGAAAAUGCAGGAGCUGCUGAUGGCACAUGACUUCACCAAGUUUCACUCACUGAAGCCGAAGCUGCUGGAGGCGCUGGAUGAGAUGCUGACACACGACAUUGCCAAGCUGAUGCCCCUCCUGCGGCAGGAGGAGCUGGAGAGUACGGAGGUGGGCGUGCAGGGGGGCGCUUUCGAGGGCACCCACAUGGGCCCGUUCGUGGAGCGGGGGCCUGACGAGGCCAUGGAGGACGGCGAGGAGGGCUCAGAUGACGAGGCUGAGUGGGUGGUCACCAAGGACAAGUCCAAGUACGACGAGAUCUUCUACAACCUGGCGCCUGCUGACGGCAAGCUGAGCGGCUCCAAGGCCAAGACCUGGAUGGUGGGGACCAAGCUCCCCAACUCGGUGCUGGGGCGCAUCUGGAAGCUGAGCGAUGUGGACCGCGACGGCAUGCUGGAUGACGAGGAGUUCGCGCUGGCCAGCCAUCUCAUUGAGGCCAAGCUGGAGGGCCACGGGCUGCCCACCAACCUGCCCCGUCGCCUGGUGCCACCCUCCAAGCGGCGUCACAAAGGCUCUGCUGAGUGAGCCGGUGCACAUCCCCCAUGGCCCUGCUGUGGCUCCCCAGCUCCAGUCGGCCGCACGCACACCCCCGCCCAGGCUCACUCAUGCCCUCCCUGCCCUCCCUACCCAGCUGCAAGGACCGGGGGAGUCUCCCUCCCCACUACCGCCAGGUACCCCAGUAGAAGCAUUUAGAGGGGACCACGGGAGGGACAAGGCUUCUCUGUCCGUCCUUCACACCUCCAGCCUCAUGUUCACUUAGGCACAUCACACAGACACUAGCACGCGCAGGCAUCCAUUCAUCCAUUGUUCGAGCACCUACUAUGUGCCCAGCCCUGUUCUAGGCACCGGGCAUUACCAUAGACAAAUAUGUCUGCCCUUGUGGAAGCCGACAUUCCCAGGAGAGGGCACCUACAUGGUCAUGUCACGUAAACACACACUCAUUCCUAGCAGGACCCCGGCCCCUCCCCAGGGGGAGCAGCCCUGUGGUUGAAAUGACUAACAGAUACACAGACCCCUUUCUGCUCCACUUCCUCCUGCCCAGUCAGGCAAGAACCCCAACCCAUUCCAUCACAUCCUCAGGUCUCGGGACCAUGGGGGGCUCAGAGGGGAGACACAGCCUCCUGUUUCCUCAGAUGGGCCUCUCCAAAACCCCUCACUUUGCUUAGGGAAAGCCCCCAAUUCUGUCCACACCCAUUUCUUUUCUUUUCUUUUUUUUGAGAGGGAGUCUCGAACUGUUGCCCAGGCUGGAGUGCAGUGCUGAGAUCUUGGCUCACUGCAACCUCUGCCUUUUGAGUUCAAACAGUUCUCCUGCCUCAGCCUCCCAAGUAGCUGGGAUUACAAGUGUUUGCUAAUUUUCUUUUCUUUUUCUUUUUUUUUUUUUUUUUAGUAGAGAUGGGGUUUCAUCAUGUUGGCCAGGCUGGUCUUGAACUCCUGACCUCAGGUUAUCCACCCUCCUUGACCUUUCAAAGUGCCGGGAUUACAGACAUAGAGCCACUGUGCCCAGCCCACACCCAUUUCUUUGUUUAUUAUUUAUUAUUUUUAUUUUUGAGACAGAGUCUUACUCUGCCACCCAGGCUGGGGUGCAGUGGUGAGAUCUCAGCUCACUGCAACCUCCUCCUCCUGGGUUCAAGUCAUUCUUGUGCCUCAGCCUCCCAAGUAGCUGGGACUGCAGGCACGAGUCACCACCCUGGCUAAGUUUUGUAUUUUUAGUAGAGACGGGGUUUCACCAUGUUGGCCAGGCUGGUCUCGAACUCCUGACCUCUGGUAAUCCAUCCGCCUCAACCUCCCAAAGUGCUGGGAUUACAGAUAUGAGCCACUGCGCCGGGCGUCACACCCAUUUCUUUAAAAAGGAUCCUACAGCAGGCAGAAAAGCCCCUUCCAUCCCAGCUGUACCCGUUGGAGGUAUUUCUGUCCUCCACCCAAGUGUUCGUGGCUCCUGGACCCCUGGAAACCUCGCACAGCUGGUGGUCUGGACUUACGGAUUGCUGGGCCACCGCCUAUCUGCGCCCCCCACCGCCAUUCCAUAUUUAAGUGGAGCCCCUACCAGAUAGAAAGGCCCGGGCUUUAUUUUAGUCUACUUUUCAGGGAUGUUGUGGGCGGGGGAGGGGGUUUCUUGGUGCUACAGCCCUCUCCCCAAUCCUAAAGGGAGGGACCCCGACGCUGUUUGCUGUCUUCAGCACGUAUUAGUGCUUGACCCUGGCAGGGGACCCCAUGGAACAGAUGGUGAAGAGCAAAAUACAAGGAGGCGACGCCCCCUUCAGGAUGCUCGCUGGGAUUCCCACGCCCACUAUUGUCCCCCACCCCGUGGCUGGGAGGGGCCUCUGAACGGAACAGUGUCACCAAAGAGCGAAUAAAACCAAGGCUUCUUCUCAA